GGAGUGGAGGGGAAAGGCCCAGGUGAGGCUGCCUCCUACCCGCUGGGUCCAUGGCUGCCUCUGGGAAACUCAGCACGUUCCGUCUCCCGCCGCUGCCCACGAUUCGAGAAAUCAUUAAGUUGUUUAGACUGCAAGCAGUGAAGCAGCUAUCCCAGAAUUUUCUCCUGGACUUGAGGCUGACAGAUAAGAUUGUAAGGAAAGCUGGCAACCUAACAAAUGCUUACGUGUAUGAAGUGGGCCCAGGACCAGGGGGAAUCACAAGGUCCAUUCUCAAUGCCAAUGUUGCUGAACUUCUGGUGGUUGAAAAGGACACUCGAUUUAUUCCUGGAUUACAGAUGCUUUCUGAUGCAGCACCUGGAAAACUGAGAAUUGUUCAUGGAGAUGUGCUGACAUUUAAGAUAGAAAAGGCUUUUUCAGAAAGUCUCAAAAGACCGUGGGAAGAUGAGCCUCCAAAUAUCCAUAUCAUUGGAAAUCUGCCUUUUAGUGUUUCCACUCCACUGAUUAUCAAGUGGCUUGAAAAUGUUUCUUGUAGAGAUGGACCUUUCGCUUAUGGCAGAACGCAGAUGACUUUGACGUUUCAAAAGGAAGUGGCAGAGAGACUUAUAGCCAAUACCGGAAGCAGGCAGCGCAGUCGCCUGUCUGUCAUGGCACAGUACCUCUGCAAGGUUCAGCACAUCUUCACAAUUCCAGGACGAGCUUUUGUCCCCAAACCAGAGGUGGAUGUGGGCGUGGUGCAUUUUACCCCUUUGGUCCAGCCCAAGAUAGAGCAGCCCUUCAAGCUGGUAGAGAAAGUCGUUCAGAAUGUGUUUCAGUUCCGAAGGAAGUACUGCCAUCGCGGGCUCGGAAUGUUGUUUCCAGAAAAGCAGCGCUUGGAAAGCACUGGCAGGCUGCUACAGCAGGCCGACAUAGACCCCACACUACGGCCCAGCCAGCUCUCCAUCGCACACUUCCGGAGCCUCUGCGAGGUGUACAGAAGGAUGUGCGACAUGGACCCAUGCCUCUUUGCUUAUAACUUCAGAGAGGAACUCAAGCAAAGUAAAAGCAAGCAUCAGGACAAAGAGGAUGGCAAGGAGGAUUCCGGGCUCUAGCUGCUGCCCAGGGACCAGUAGGCUCCCGGGUGCUGAUCUUCCCACGUGAAGCUGCCGACAUGUGCACUGUUUUGUCUUUACGGAAAGGACAAAAAAAUGCCAGUGACUAGAUGUGACUUACUUUCCUUUUACUGUACAACUUGGUAGAGAAAAUAAAUAUCAAAUAGGAUACAGUA